CAAAAGGUCUCGGGCCCACUGGCGAUGGCACAAGCAAGGGGCGAAGGCGUGAUCCAACCCUCUCGUUGCCGUAGCAACGGGGCCCCGCCCUCCUUGGCUGCCUUUUUCCUCUCCCUCCUUCAGGCCCGGUCGCCCUGCCUGGUUCCUGCCCUCGGAAGGCGGGCCUCAGGCGUUGUGCCCAGUAGGUGGGAGGUGAGCCUCGAGAGGAGACGAGCGAAGGGCGGAAGGGAAGAAGAGGUGGCAUGGCUGCGCUGAAGGCCUCUCGGGUGAUAAGAAGCAUUGCUACAUGUGGUUGGAGAUCACAGUCUAGUCAAGCUACUGCAGCAUUACCAAAAAGCAAACAUGCAACUGGAUUUAGUUUUGAACUUACAGAAGAGCAGAAAGAAUUUCAAGCUACAGCACGUAAAUUUGCUAGGGAGGAAAUCUUACCUGCUGCGGCUGAGUAUGACAGAACUGGAGAGUAUCCCGUUCCUCUCAUUAAAAGGGCAUGGGAGCUUGGCUUGAUGAAUACUCACAUCCCUGAAAGCUGUGGUGGCCUUGGUCUUGGCACUUUUGAUGCCUGCCUCAUUACUGAAGAAUUAGCAUUUGGAUGUACAGGGGUUCAAACUGCCAUCGAAGCAAAUUCCCUGGGACAAAUGCCAGUCAUCAUUGCAGGGAAUGAGCAGCAACAAAAGAAGUACCUGGGAAGAAUGACAGAAGCACCCUUAAUGUGUGCCUACUGUGUAACAGAGCCUGGAGCUGGUUCAGAUGUUGCAGGUCUAAAAACAAAAGCAGAAAAGAAAGGAGACGAAUAUAUAAUUAAUGGGCAAAAAAUGUGGAUCACCAAUGGUGGCAAAGCCAACUGGUAUUUUUUGCUGGCUCGCACUGUUCCUGAUCCCAAAGCUCCUACAAAUCAAGCUUUUACUGGCUUUAUCGUGGAAGCAGAUAGCCCUGGAAUACAAAUAGGCAGAAAGGAACUUAAUAUGGGUCAGCGUUGCUCAGAUACAAGAGGGAUUGUUUUCGAGGAUGUAAGAGUGCCCAAAGAGAAUAUCCUCAUUGGUGAAGGAGCUGGCUUUAAAAUAGCCAUGGGAGCAUUUGAUAAAACAAGGCCCCCAGUAGCAGCUGGUGCUGUAGGACUAGCACAGCGAGCCUUGGAUGAAGCUACAAGGUAUGCUCUGGAAAGAAAAACCUUUGGCAGGGUACUUGCAGAGCACCAAGCAGUAUCUUUCAUGUUGGCUGAAAUGGCAAUGAAAGUUGAGCUUGCUCGCCUGGCUUACCAAAGGGCUGCAUGGGAGAUAGACAUUGGUCGCAGAAAUACCUACUAUGCAUCUAUAGCAAAAGCAUAUGCUGGGGACAUUGCAAAUCAAGUAGCUUCAGAUGCUGUCCAGAUCUUUGGAGGAAAUGGAUUCAACAGUGAAUACCCAGUAGAAAAGCUGAUGAGAGAUGCCAAAAUAUAUCAGAUAUAUGAAGGAACAGCACAGAUUCAAAGGUUAAUUGUAGGCCGUGAACAUCUUGGCAAGUUUAAGGGUUGAGAGGACACUGAAACCAUAUAGUUAAUGCUUUAAUCCACUUCUGCAAACACUUGUAUCCACUCUAUAAUGUUAAAAGAAAAAUUGCCUCUAUAGUAGAACAUUUUUUUCAGGGGCAUAUCUGUUUCUUAUUUUUAAUACAUAAACAGUAUUGGCAUUACAUGUCAGUACUGUAUGCUUUGCUGGAAUGUUAAACUUUCACCUGGCCUUAAACUGACCCAGAUUGUUAUGCUUGACUUCUGAAGUGUACUCUGCAGCACCUUUCAAAUGCCUGGAAUCUGAAAAUUUAACUAUUUAACUGACGUAUGUAAGAUCUGAUAUUAGCAAUAGCAGUUUGGAUUACAAAUAACGUAAUUGUGGGAAGCAUUGUUAAGUAUCUUUCUAUGUAGUAGGAAAUUGUGAAUUGAUGAACAUGCCUGCCUUUUAAUACUAUAACUACAAAAUGUUAUAGCAAAGUAAAAUAUGGGGUGUAUAAUACUUGCAGUGAUACCAAAUAAAUUGUCCAUGGGUUUACGGCAUACUUGCCAUUCUAUGCACAAAGCUUUUUAAUAUUUAACAUAAUAAUUUAGAAUACUAUGUAUUUUUGUAGCUCAACAGCACACACACAGAAUCUUAAAUCUGUUUCAAUGGUGGCCAUCACCCGUUUACUUUGAAAGCAGUUCCUUUAUAAAUUCAUACUAGUGCUUUUAAAGCAGUACCUCUGAAGAAGCCAUCCAUUUUUGAUGCUAUUAUAAUUUAACUGAAGUAAUUCUGUUACUUCGUAAAUAUUGUUAAUAAUUGCAGUUUUCUAAUCAAUUUAGUGUGUGGCAGAUGUAAAAUAAUUGUGAGGCUUGUUUUGAACAUUAUUCAAGUGUAUUUAAUGACAACAGUGCCUUUGCAUUUCCUUAAAGUGAAGCUGCUACAUUGGUCUUUGGUAACAAUCAAACAUGAUAAAGAUAGCCAUACAAUGCAAUAUUUCUAUUAGUAACAUUUAAAGUACUAGCGUUAUUUUUAUUAGCUAUAGUAUUACAUUUAAAGCUAAAUCCUUUGUAACCUAGUCUGUGAAUAUCUUUUGUCAAUGAAAUGAUUUUAUUUUUAAAAAAUCUUUCUUAAAAUGUGAGUGAAAAUAUUGGUGUGAACACUUCAGUUUUACUUCAGUUCAGUUAAGAUACACCUAUGACACACUUUAAUAUUUUCUAGUUAUGUACUUGUCUGUCACUUUGGAUGUUGAAUUGCGACACCGUCACAAUUGGUUUGCUGAGUGUUCAAGACUGCUGGAAGCUGCAACAUAACUAUGUGGAAAGAUAUGCAAUUCCCACUUUUGGGUUAAAAGUAGACAGGAAAGGUUUUUUUUUAAAUCUAUGUUUGUCAGACCUAUAUAUAUGUAAGUAUACUACUGAAACAUACUGAAAUUGUAUAUUUCAUAUUGCAAGCCAUGUUGGAAUGUGCCAAAGGAAUAAAUUAAACAAAGAAACAAA